AUGAAGAGACUGCUGAACGCCAGAACCUCACACUCCUGCAAGCCCACCUAGCACCUCCAGCCCGACACCAUGGUCAACUCCUGUUGUGGCUCCAUCUGCUCUGAGCAGGGCUGUGGCCAGGAGAGCUGCUGCCAGCCCAGCUGCUGCCAGACCACCUGCUGCAGGACCACCUGCUGCCAGCCUAGCUGCUGUGUGUCCAGCUGCUGCAGACCCCAGUGCUGCCAGUCUGUGUGCUGCCAGCCCACCUGCUGCAGGCCCAGCUGCUGCAUCUCCAGCUGCUGCAGGCCCCAGUGCUGCCGCCCCAGCUGCUGCAUCUCCAGCUGCUGCAGACCCCAGUGCUGCCGCCCCAGCUGCUGCAUCUCCAGCUGCUGCAGACCCCAGUGCUGCCAGCCCAGCUGCUGCAGGCCCCAGUGCUGCAUCUCCAGCUGCUGCCGCCCCUCCUGUAGCAGUUCCAGCUGCUGUGACUCCAGCUGCUGCCGCCGCUGCUGGUCCUGUGGGUUUCGCCCCGUGUGUGGCCAGGUCUCCUGCCACACCUCUUGCUACUGCCCCACCUGUGUCAUCUCUACCUGCCCCCGCCCCAUGUGCUGCGCCAUCCCUUGCUGCUGAUGUGAGGCUGUCAAUCCCUGGUCAUAUAACACACAUGGCAGCCACCAGUGUCUGAAGAAACGGGGCUCUUUGUCUGCCAAAUCCUCUUGUAAUGUGGCCUUCAGCAUUGAAUUCAGCUCCUCUGUAAAAAAGCAGAUGAAAACACAUCUGUUAAAAGAUUUUUCAGAUACUCCCCAUGCAUCUAUUUUUAGGCAAGCCAUGUCUUCCCUUCUAAGUGUAUGCUAGUUAAGAAGAGCUCAUGGGGCACUGUUUCCCGGUAUUCUCAAUAAACAAUUAUUUCCCACGA